AUGCUCAAGACGCAAUGCCCCCGCUGUAUCGGCGAUGGCCGUCUUCCGUAUGAGGAAAGAACGUUCGCGUAUAGUCGACCGGCUGUAAUGAACGAUCAUUUCGAGCGCGCACACUUAGCUGAUAUCAAGGUGCGUAAGCACGAUAACCUCAUUUUCUACGAACACCUUAAGUGCAUAGAAGAUGGUAUUAAGCUAUCAAACAUAGAUCACUUGAGAAAUCAUGUUCAAAGUGUUUAUGGGGUAUAG